AUGCCCCAGCACAAGCGUUCCUUAGGAAUGUGUCCACUGACCAGAAGGGUGGAAGAGAGGGCGUCCUCAGCUAGACAGCAGGGGCUGGAGCCAGGCAGCAGGAUGACAUCUCGUCUGUCCAAAGCCAAGUGCAUCCGGCUUACUUCUCCACCUUCAGGGUCUCCUCCAGGGUCCGCCGUCAUGGACCGUGGAGGGACCAGGAUCGAGGGUAGUGCAUGGGAAGCUGGUGGUGAGGGUGGGACCAGAGGCCCUGGAGGGGCAUCUCUGUUGGGUGCUGAAUCCUCAAGCAGAUUCCAGCAGUGA